AGAGUCGAUAAUAGUGGCGAAUCAGCCUUCAGAAGCUGUUGAUCCGCAAACGUUCUAUGACCGCCCACCUCGUACCAUCGCUGAGUCCGUCAUGCGGUCCUCACGUCGACGGAGUACGCCUCCUGUGGGGACGGGUCUCACUACGCGAUCCGCGAAUGCAAAGCCGAAAGGAAAAACAAAACUGAAGUUGAAGUUGAGUGAGAAAGCGACUGCCGCAAUGGCCUCCGGGUCGUCUUUCCUCGGUCCAUAUGACCGAGAGCUCGACUCUGACGACGAAGACCUGUCAUUUGAGGAGCAAUUUAUUCUUCGAUUUCCUCCAGGCGAGGAUUUAGAAAAACUUAGGAAAAUGGUUUCUGCACGCGAGACAAGUAACGAUGUAUGGAUCAAGUUCAAAGAUUCGCGCAGAGCGGUCUUUCACAUCGGGAAUAAUCUUUACACCGCAAAGCUAGUCGACCUUCCCUGUAUUAUAGAAUCUCAAAAAACACUUGACAACAAACAAAUGUUCAAAGUCUCGGACAUUUGUCAGAUGCUCGUCGUGGAUGAUAAGAUUGACUCUGAAGAUGCUGUGGCUAAUCAAAAAGGCUUCAACUUGGACGACUUCAUCUGGCCGCAUGGUAUUACACCGCCGCUGCAUCAUGUUCGGAAACGACGAUUUCGAAAGCGGAUCAAUAGGCGUACCAUUGAAACGGUGGAACAAGAGGUUGAGCGUCUGUUGGAGGAAGACGCCAAAGCGAAUCAGAUUGAAUAUGUUGUGCUGGAAAAUGUUAAUCCAGACCUUUCCGACUCCGAGUUCAUGGAACAAGACGAAUCUCGCGAAUCUGCCAUGCGAGGCUCAGAUGCCAUCGAUAUGCCUACGCCAGGUCCAGGGGCUGAGGAUUCCGGUAUGGAAGACGAUGAAGGUGAAAUUGACGAGGAACUUGCUGCUGAACUUGACCUUGCACUCGGUGACGAGGGCGAUGACGGGGAUGAAGGGGAUGAGGGAGAUGAAGAUGAAGAGGAUGUCAGCGAUGAGGAAGAUGAGGACGAGGACGAGGAUGAUGAGACGGUACAAGCUCGACGGUUGUUGAAUGAGGAGAUACGUGAUCUUGAAGCUGCUGUCGCCAAGAAGAACGCCGAAAUUGCCAGCUCUGCUAACCCAAUAAUUAAGCGACGGUUUGAAGAUGCACUUAGAAAGCUUCAGGCUGAUCUCGACUCCAAACUUUUGCAGCGGGAUGAGCUAUACGAGCAGCAAAGAAUGCGCAAGGAAGGAUUUGUCCCUCCUCGUGGAGAAUCAGAACCGAAUGAAGAUGACGACGGUGGUAUGGACGUGGACUAGGAUGACGAUGUAUAAUUCUUGCGGUCCUUUAUCAUGAUCGUUAUGGUGAGCAUUGUAUUUAACCUAUUUUUAUUCUCUGUAUCAAUAGGUGGCUCUUCAACAUUCAUUGUAACUUCAAAAGUUGUGGUUGUGGCUGCGUUCAAAGGACAAAGACUAGAGAGCAAACUUGGAUGUCAAGUUUGUUGUGGGUAUCCCUUUCAGCGUAUCAUUGACAAUGGCUCGUUUGGUCCGAGGGGUCGUACCGAAAACUGCAUAUAAACGUCCCGAAUUUCCAUUCCAUGGUCACUUACACACAAAUCACAAAAGCGAGACAGAAUACAAAACACCCUUCAUCUGCUUCUACUUCUACCCACUGGGCCAGAAUCCCCUCCUCUCGAAACGUCGUCCAUCAGCAAGAUGUCUCCAUCUGACUGGCUUGCAGAGCGUACCGGAUUACGGGUCCCUGAUGCAGACCUCGCAAUCUUCCUAUCCCUACGUUUGGGUCUACUCAAAGAGAAAGUUAGGGCGGGGACGUUGAGUCCGGAGGCCUACGGACGUAUCCACGAAUUCAUCCGCGAUCAUAACAUACAAGUGCGUGCGUAUAUGACGGGCGGAAUUAGCGCCGAGGAACUCGAAGAAAUUGAUCGGAAUUAAGACCAGCUGCG